AAUAAAACACAGGUCUGCUUAACACCUAAACUAUUCUGUAAGGCACAUAUUAGCUGUAUUGAGCCAUGCUGCUUCUGGCAGACAUACUGAUGAUCUUCAUUUUUACUGCUAGUGCCAAUGGGCAGCAAUGCAUUGCUUACGGAGCAGAUGAUUUUCUUCAUUUUUCUAAAGAUGGGGAUAUCUCCAUAGGAGGCAUAUUUUCCUUCCAUCAGUAUCCAGGUGGUCUGAAUCCAACACUGCAAGUUAACCCUGGGAAUAUGAGGUGUUAUGGGGUUGAUCCAGGAGAGCUACAGUAUGCCAUGACAAUGAUGUUCACGAUUGAGGAGAUUAACAAUAGCACAGAAAUCCUUCCAGGCUUUACCAUGGGCUACAGAAUAUAUGGCUCUUGCCCCAGCAUUCCUCUCUCAGUUAGGGCAUCGCUGGUUCUAAUGAAUGGGCCUGAAGAGGGAAGGGAAAAUUGCACCAAAGACUCCACUGUACACGCUGUCAUCGGGGAGACCACUUCCACAGCCACCAUAGGAAUCGCAAGAACCAUGGGCCCUUUCCACAUACCAGUGCUCAGUCAUUCAGCCACCUGUGCAUGUCUCAGCAACAGAAAAGAGUACCCCUCUUUCUUCAGAACAAUUCCCAGCGAUUACUACCAGAGCAGAGGACUGGCAAAACUGGUCAAGCACUUUGGCUGGACCUGGGUGGGAGCCAUCAGAAGCAGGAGUGACUAUGGCAAUGAUGGAAUGGCCAGUUUUCUAGAAGCUUCUAAAAAAGAGGGAAUCUGUGUGGAGUACUCUCUGGCUAUUUACAGGACUGACUCCAGACAGAAAUUUCUAGAUGUGGUGGACAUUAUCAAGACAUCUACGUCCAGGGUAAUUGUGGCUUUUGCAGAUGGGAAUGACCUGGACCUUCUUAUUAAUGAGCUUUACAACCAGAAUGUCACUGGUUUUCAGUGGGUUGGAAGUGAAGGCUGGAUCACAUACAGGUAUUUAGCCAAUGCCAGGAACUAUGCUGUGGUUGGGGGUGCAGUAGGCUUUGCCGUGCCCAAUGCGAAUAUUCCAGGCCUGAAAGAGUUUAUUACAGGCAGCCGGCCCUCUAUGACCCCAGGUAACACAGGACUCGUUGAACUGUGGGAGAACGUGUUUGACUGCAAUCUGAGACCACAAUUAGCCAUUAGUGCCAAACCCUGCACUGGAGAGGAGUCUUUGGGGAAUGCACACACAAGCUUUACAGACGUGACAGAUGCCAGCUUGCUGAAUAACAUUUAUAAGGCUGUAUAUGCUGUGGCCCACGCUGUGGAGGGACUUUUGGGCUGUGUGGAAGGAAAAGGGCCGUUCCACAAUGGCGCAUGUGCAAACAAAGAGAAAAUAGAGCCAUGGCAGGUUCUACAUUACCUCAAGCAAGUAAACUUUACAACCAAAAAUGGAGAAAAAGUACUGUUUGAUCAGGUGGGUGAUCCAGUUGCACGCUAUGCCCUGGUCAACUGGCAGAUGAGCAGGGAAGGAGAAAUAAAAUUUGAGACCAUUGGCUUGUAUGACGCAUCUCAACAAGAAGGCCAUGAGUUUGUAAUGAAUGAUGUUACUGCACUCUGGGCAGGGGCUAAACGUAGGGUUCCUAUGUCAGUAUGCAGUGAAGACUGUCUCCCAGGAACCAGCAGGGCUUUCAUAAAGGGGAAGCCAAUCUGCUGUUUUGACUGCAUCCGCUGCGCAGAUGGAGAGUUCAGCAACACCACAAGUGAGAAGAUCAGGCUCCUAUCUUUUACACUGAUGCUGAUGGUGCUAUUACGUAGUCGACUUAAAGCUCAAACAGUUUCACGCAGUCCUGAAAUUUCUUCAUUUGCCCUUUUUAAUAUUUCAGAUGCCGUCUCCUGUCUUCAAUGCCCUGUCGAGUACAAGUCAAACGGGAACAAGACUCGAUGUGAUCUGAAAAAUAUAGAAUUUCUAGACUUUAAUGAGCUCAUGGGAAUUCUACUGAUGACAUUUUCUUUGUUUGGCGGAUGUCUCACAAUCACAAUUGGAUUAAUUUUCUUCCACUUUAGACAGACUCCUAUUGUCCGAGCCAACAACUCAGAGCUGAGCUUUCUUCUGCUCUUCUCUCUGACUCUGUGUUUCUUUUGCUCACUUACUUUCAUCGGUCAGCCCUCUGAGUGGUCCUGUAUGCUGCGUCACACAGCGUUUGGGAUCACCUUCGUCCUCUGCAUCUCCUGUGUUCUGGGGAAAACAAUAGUGGUGUUAAUGGCCUUCAGAGCUACACUUCCAGGAAGUAAUGUCAUGAAAUGGUUCGGGCCUCCACAGCAGAGACUUAGUGUUCUUGCUUUUACCCUCAUACAGGUCCUUAUUUGUGUGCUUUGGUUAACAAUAUCCCCUCCGUUUCCUUACAAAAAUAUGCACCAAUACACAGACAGAAUCAUACUAGAAUGUCAUGUGGGAUCAGUUGUAGGUUUCUGGGCUGUGCUGGGGUAUAUAGGAUUUUUAGCCCUUUUGUGUUUUAUUUUAGCUUUUUUGGCUCGGAAGCUUCCUGAUAACUUUAAUGAAGCCAAAUUCAUCACAUUCAGCAUGCUGAUAUUCUGUGCUGUCUGGAUCACCUUCAUCCCAGCUUAUGUCAGCUCUCCUGGAAAGUUUAUCGUAGCCGUUGAGAUAUUUGCCAUUUUGGCCUCAAGUUCUGGUUUACUUUUCUGUAUAUUUAUUCCCAAGUGUUACAUUAUUUUAUUAAAGCCACAUGAGAACACUAAAAAACAUAUGAUGGGUAAAAAUCCCUCCAAAAUCUAACUAUUAAUGUGUCUUGUUUAUGUUUUACUGUUUAAUGUUUGAUUUUUGAUUAUACAGUGCUGUCCUUGUAGACCAUCUAAUAAAACAGAGAUUUAAAAUG